AAAUUAUUGUAUAUACGGUACUAGCGUAGUAAUUUUAUAAGUUUAAGUCACUAGGUAUAAGACACGUGACUAAUUUUAUAGCGGGAAAUUUUUUCCCUGAUAUUAUCACUUUCUAGCCCGCCGCAGACAGGGCAACAUUCAAGUAUGGACACCGGAAUAUCUAGUUCAAUUAAAGACGCCAUUUCGCAUGAAGUGAGGAAUGCCGUUUCUAACCUUCAACAAGACAUAUUGAAUAGCAUUUCUUCUAUCAUGGAUUCCAGAUUAUCGUCUUUCCAAUCCAACAUAAGACAAUCUCAACAGGACAUUUCACAGUCUCAAAUGUACAAAAUCGAGCAGACCGUUACCGACAAUUACUCAUUCAAGAGAAAAGGCAAUGAGAACCAGUUUAAACAUGAAUGCAGGGUACUUUCCAAGCUGAAAGAAGCAGACGUGAACUUAGAAGGGCCAGAUUUGAGCGUCGAUUCCGUACAAACAGCUAAAGCAAAGAUAGUAGAAGGUAUGGAAUUAGUUAAAGAAAGACAAAAACUGGCAGAUUCCUCGGAACUGGGUUGGAAGGUUGUGAGUGAAUAUGUGACAAAUCCUAUCGCCGACGAUUCGGAAGAUGAGAAGAAAAUAAUCAGGGCACAAAACAGAGCAGAAAGAAAACAGAAAGCAGAGAAAUCUAAGAAAAUUGUCCCAAGAAAAGCACCAUUCACAAGAGAGAAGACAGAGAAUAUCAACCCUUCUUGGAAACCUGGCAGGUGCUUCAACUGUGGAUUGAGAGGCCAUUGGACGGACAAUUGUCCGGAUAAGAAGAAGAUAAGUACUUUUAAAACUUUAUUUAAUUUGCCAAUCUUGACUAAUAGUAUUUGUUCAAAUUUAAAUGAUACUGAACAUAGUUCAAUAGAAACUGAUGGUCACAUGACAGUUUAUUGCAAUAAUAAGGUCAGUUUUAAAUCGCCGUUAAAUGUCACGGUUGGUCAGCCUUCAGGUAUUUUCUCACCUGUUGGUCAGUUAAAAUCUAAAUUACCUGAAUGGAAAUCAAUUACAAGCAAUACACAUAUUUUGGAUGUUAUCGAAAACGGAUACAAGAUACCUUUCAAGACAGAACCAAAAUCAGAAUUGUUGAAGAAUAACAGAUCUUCACUUGAUAAUCCAAAAUUUGUUAAAGAUGAAAUAAGAAAAUUAAUAGAGAAAAAAUAUAUUUCAGAAGUAAAAGAAAGACCGUUUGUUGUAAACCCUCUUACAGUUGCUUACAAUAAGAACAAACCUAGGCUGGUUUUAGAUUGUCGGCAUUUGAACCCACAUCUAUUUAAAUUUAGAUUUAAGUACGAAGAUACAGAAAACGCACGAGACCUUUUUAAAAAGGGUGAUUUUCUAUUUAGCUAUGAUUUGAAAUCGGCAUAUCACCAUAUUGAGAUCACAGAAAUACACAGGUCUUUUCUUGGUUUUGCAUUUGUUUUCGACGGCAUUAUGCGUUAUUUUGUGUUUAAUGUAUUGCCAUUUGGUAUUGCAACAGCCGGGUAUAUAUUUACCAAAGUGCUAAGAGAAGUGGUCAAACACAUGAGGGCAGAAGGUAAACGUGUCAUCAUGUUUUUAGAUGACGGUCUCGGAGGGGACAAUGAUUUUGAAAAUUGUAUGAAUAGUAGUUUUGAAGUUAAGAAUACACUCGAAAGAUUAGGAUUUUUAAUAGCUCAUGAAAAAUGUCAUUGGUUACCUAGUCAGAGUAUGGAUUGGUUAGGUUACACAUGGGAUACCAUAAUAGGUAGAGUUUUUAUUAAGGAAAAAAGGAUUGAGAAAGCCGAAAAUAGUAUUCGCAUAUUAUGCAGAGAAGCUACAAACGGUAGAUUGUUAUUCAGUGCUAGAUUUUUAGCCAGUAUUUUGGGUCAAAUCAUUUCCAUGAUGAUUGUUAUUGGUGACAAGGUGAGAUUGCACACCAGAUACUUGUAUGAUUGUAUCAUGGGACGAGCAAGUUGGGAUGCUCCUGUAAAGAUGAACCCAGAUGCUCUUACAGAAAUUUUAUUCUGGGAAAGCUCGCUCAGAAAAUUAAAUGAGCAGGGUGUUGACCUUUGCAGAGUUGAUCAUGAUUUUGUGUCAGAUUUUGACAUUUUUUGUGACGCCUCAGAUGUAGGCUUCGGUGGUUAUUUAUCCACUCAGUUUAGCGUUGUUACUUGUGUCGACAACAGUGAAAUGUCAGGUAAUUGGACAAGUGAUGAAAAGUUGGAAAGUUCAACAUGGCGCGAAUUAGAAUGCGCAAGAAGAGUAUUAUGUACUUAUGAAAGUAAAUUUAGUUUAGAUAACAAGUCGGUUAGCAUUAAUUCGGACAAUAAAAACGUUCCACACAUACUAAAGGUCGGCAGUAAGAAAAGCAUACUGCAAAACAUAGCAGUAGAUAUUCACAAUAUUUGUUCAGAAAAGAACAUUACUUUAAACUCUAAAUGGCUACCAAGGGCAGACAAUCAAUAUGCAGACAAAUUGAGCAGAAACACUGAUAACGAUGAUUGGGGUAUUCAUGGCGAAUUGUUUAAUUAUUUCAAUGGUACAUGGGGACCAUAUAACAUUGACAGGUUCGCUACACAUUAUAAUACACAAUGCACACGUUUCAACUCAAAGCAUUGGUGUCCAGGUUCAGAAGGCAUAGACGCAUUCUCUCAAAAUUGGGAUAAAGACACAAAUUGGUUAGUUCCACCACCAUCUCUUGUUCCUAUGGUUUUACAAACAAUUCAGCAUGACAAGCUGCAUGUACCUUAG